UCGCCACCUUCAGGAGCUCAGGAGCUCAACCGGGAGGAAGCAGCGGGAUCGGGAUCGGAACACUCGGGCUUCCGCCGCGUCGACAAACACACACACACGCGACCGUCCGCCUCUACGUGUAUAUGCAUUCAUCCACACCUGUCCACUAGCGCAGACAUCGUGAACACAGCGGGGGUCAGCAGGAGGAAGCCAUGGGAGAGCACACGGCGUUCUUGCUGUUACUGGUGGCGACCUUGACGCUUUCAGCCGAGGUGCCCGCGGAUGACUCCCUGGGUUUGCUAACUGAGCCCCAGGUGGCCAUGUUCUGUGGAAAGCUCAACAUGCACAUCGAUGUACAGACGGGCAAAUGGGAGUCUGACCCUUCCGGCACCAAGAGCUGCAUUGGCACCAAGGAGGGAAUCCUGCAGUACUGCCAAGAGGUGUACCCAGAGUUGCAGAUCACUAAUGUUGUGGAGGCCAAUCAGCCCGUCAGCAUCCAGAACUGGAGCAAGAAAGGCCGCAAGCAGUACCGCAGUCACACACACAUUGUGGUGCCAUACCGCUGCCUGGUUGGGGAGUUUGUGAGCGAUGCCCUGCUCGUCCCAGACAAGUGUAAGUUCCUGCACCAGGAGCGAAUGGACCAGUGUGAGAGCCACCUGCACUGGCACACAGUAGCCAAAGAGUCCUGUGGAGACCGCACAAUGAAUCUCCAUGACUACGGGAUGCUGUUGCCAUGUGGCAUUGACCGUUUCCGAGGGGUGGAGUUUGUCUGCUGUCCGGCGGAGGCAGAACGAGAGACGGAAAGCACUGAGGUAGACGGGGAGGUGUCUGACAUCUGGUGGGGUGGAGCCGAGGCCGAAUACUCUGAUAACAGCAUGGCACGUCCAGCAGACACAGAGCCCGCCACUACAGAAGAUGACGAAGACGAGGAUGAACAGGCGGAAACCUAUGAAAGGGACGAAAACGGAGACGAUGACGAAGAUGAUGAGGAGGACGAGGAUGACGAAGACGAUGCGACCGAUGAACGGGAUAGCGAUGAGCGCAAUGCUAACAUUGACAUGACCACCACUACCACGACAACCACUGAAUCAGUUGAAGAAGUUGUUCGAGCUGUCUGUUGGGCUCGUGCUGAGUCAGGCCCUUGUCAGGCCAUGCUGGAGCGCUGGUACUUCGUGCCUGCGAAGGGCCGCUGUGCUCCCUUCUUGUUUGGGGGCUGUGGGGGCAACAGGAAUAACUUUGAGUCGGAGGAGUACUGCCUUGCUGUCUGCAGCAGCUCGUUGCCCACCAUGGCCCCCAGUCCUCCAGACGCUGUGGAUCAGUACCUUGAAACCCCUGGCGACGACAGUGAACACUUUGACUUCCAGAAAGCCAAGGAAAGCCUGGAGGCCAAACACCGUGAAAAGAUGUCCCAGGUGAUGAGGGAGUGGGAGGAGGCAGAGAGACAGGCCAAGAACCUUCCUCGUGCCGACAAGAAAGCUGUUAUCCAGCACUUCCAGGAGAAGGUGGAGGCUUUGGAGCAGGAGGCAGAAGGAGAGAGGCAGCAGCUGGUUGAAACCCACAUGGCCCGAGUGGAAGCUCUGCUCAACAGCCGCCGACGCCAGACUCUGGAAAACUACCUGAGUGCCCUGCAGGCCAGCCCUCCACGGGCUCGUCAGGUGUUGAGUCUGCUGAAGAAGUACGUCCGUGCUGAACAGAAAGACAGGCAGCACACGCUCAAACACUACGAGCAUGUCCGUACAGUCGAUCCCAAGAGGGCUGCGCAGAUCCGACCUCAGGUUUUGACUCAUCUCCGUGUGAUAGAUGAGAGGAUGAAUCAGUCAUUGGGUCUCCUCUACAAAGUGCCCACUGUGGCUAAUGAGAUCCAGAACCAAGUUGCGGUGAUAAUGCAGAGAGUUCAGUCGGAGCUGUCUCAGCAAGUCUCUUCUCUGCAGAGCGACGGGCGGGUGGACGGCAGGGUGAGCUACGGUAACGACGCUCUGAUGCCUGAUCAGGCCUACAGCUCUGCUCCCAUGGACCCUGGCCUGGACGGACUCGGCUUCAUCCACCCUGAGAGUUUCAAUCAGCCCAACACAGAGAACCACGUUGAGCCUGUUGAUGCUCGUCCAAUUCCAGACAGAGGACUACCAACACGACCUGUGUCUGCCCUGAAACCAGAGGAGAUGCCAAAAGUGCGGAUGGAGACUGAAGAGAGGCAAAAUGCUGGUUAUGAAGUGUACCAUCAGAAACUGGUGUUUUUCGCUGAAGAUGUGGGGUCCAAUAAAGGUGCCAUUAUUGGACUUAUGGUUGGAGGGGUUGUCAUAGCAACUGUCAUUGUCAUUACCUUGGUGAUGCUGAGGAAGAAACAGUAUACGUCUAUUCACCACGGCGUAAUCGAGGUGGAUGCAGCAGUGACACCAGAGGAGCGUCAUCUGGCUAAGAUGCAGCAGAACGGCUACGAAAACCCCACCUACAAGUUCUUCGAGCAGAUGCAGAAUUAAAGAACUGCUCAACAUUUUCUUCAGGCAUAUCCCAACCACACACUCUCACCACUCGAAGGGUCUGUUCCACUCAGGUCUUUUGCCCUCAGCUCUGACAAACUUCCAUUUCUCACCUUGUUGCGGGGUGGGGGGAGGGAAGGCGUGAAGACAAGACACAGGCUGGUUUUUUAUCUUGUUUUAAAGUUAGUGAAGGAUACAGUCUAUGUCUCAGUGAGGGGUUUAGGCUAAAGGAAACUGACAUGGAACAAAUCUUCUUCAUUCCUGAUCCCUUGGUUGUACAGAGGAACACACACAGCUUACAUUUACCUGCAUUUGUUCAGACAAGGGUACCCUGUCUCAACUACCCGAUUCAGCCAAUGAGAACAAAAACAUCACAGUGUUUGUAUUGAACAGCCACCACCCUGUUGACUAUUUACAUAAAGUCAGUGCAGUACCAGAGAGCAGAAAUAUGUUAACCCCGAUUAAUUCCAUGUCUCUCCUUCGUCAGUCCAGCUGUUUUUUUUCUUUCUUUGUUUCCUCGUUUCCUCAAACUGUCCCACACGACCCUGUUCCCCUGCUCUCAGAUGACAGCUGUGCUGUUUGAUGACAUAACAGCUCUUAGAGCUGGCACCGGGAGGAGGGGCUCAGAGCUCCUCUCCGCACGAUUAAAGCCCAAUUGUGUCAGGUUUGUUUUUCAAAAAACAAUUAAAAAAAUGUCUGAAAAAAUAUACAUUAUCAAAAUGUGUAAAACUUAAAAAAAACGAAUGUUUUGUUUUCAGAUUUUUUUUUAAUGUGUAAUAUAUUAAGACAGAGAUUAGCUGUAAGUAUAUGUAGUGCAUGGCAAUAUUGAUGACAGAUACAGUUAACUGUAUGUUGAGGUCCUCUUCCUAGAUAUUUUAGCAGGAUUGUACAUUUGUAGUGUCUUCUUUGUGAUCUUGUGAUAUGGAGAAGAAAAAGAGUAUUCAGAAUCUGGUCUGCUUCGUGCUCACACAGACUUGCUUUAACUCAAUCGUUUCUCUUUAUGCUCAUCUCCAUGCUUCACUGUUGUGUUAGCUGCAUGGGCAAAACGCUCUAUACUGUAUGUAAUAUAUGAAGUGUAAUAGUAUCCGAAAGGAAGACGAUCGUGUUACUGUUUGCGUUCUAUGCACUCUUUGUCAUUUUGGAAGUCUGAUUAUUAUUAUUACCAAAUAUUAUUACUGUUAAGUCCCUGAUGCCAGUUCACUGUUGCUGCACAUUGGGUUUUUAUUAGAAUGAGGAUCAUGGUUUAAACUCCAGGAAGAAGGUUUCUCUGAUAGUGUGUCAUUCCAGAUUGUUUUUUCAUUCCAAUUUCUCUCUUGAUUGUAAGUAUUUGGAAGAUGGAGAUCCAGUUCGCAUUAAUGCAGUUUCAUUAUCAAGCUCAGUCUUUCCCCCUCAUUCCCCCCAUCUCUCAUGUUUAGCCUGUCUUUAUGGCUGUGUCAGCAAUAUUGUACAGUGCAGCAUUUUGGAGUCAGCGCAAGUAUCCGAUGAUGGGAACGGAUGGGACUCGAUAGUUCUACAAAGAUCAGAGCAAUUUUCUUGAUGGUCCAAUCUCCUCUCCAGUUCCUCACCAAAUCACGCGUGCACAUUAUAUUUUUCUACAUUUCCUGUGUAUACAUGUACAGUGUCAUCUGCACAUCUGUUGUAAAGUCUCUUAAUCGUCACAGAGGGGAAGACAUAGCAUUAACAACGGGAGGAUGACCACAUCUCACAUCAGCACCUUGCCCUCUCCCCUAAAUUAAGUGAUUUACGCCUCCACCUGCAGUAAACAUGAAUGUGACCUGCAUAUUGUGCAUUUAAACCACAGAAAUACAACACAUAUCACCUCUGCACACUAUUUCCACAUAUGUACAGAAACACUAACUGAUGGUCUUAAAAUCAGGUGAAUGUUUGAAAUUUGUAUUGAAGCUCACUCUGGGUGUCUUUGAAGGAUCGUGAUGAAAAAUAAGAUGCUUUUGUUUCUAAUUGAUUCAGUGACCUUUCUCUGUGUGUAGUUAAAUGAACCGUUUGCUUAGAGUAAGAAGAGGCUUUCUACACUCACUAUACCAUGAAUAAAGUUUUGAAUGUACAUAAAA